GCUGAAACAGAAUUGUGAAAACUCACAAGGAAGUGGGAGGAAAUCUGCCAGCUGUCACAGAAAAAAAAAAAAACGCGAAAUACCUAAAAAAAAAAAAAUACAGCAUAAGCAAAAAUAGCAAUCUACAGACGUCCACACGGAAUACAUUUUAAAUGAUUAUAUCAAUAAAUUGUUUAUGAAGAACGUAUUUAUAUCCACUUUUCUAUUUGCACUAGUUGGCUUGAUAACGUUGGCUAGCUGGCUACUUCAAAACUGCUGAAAUCUUAUCUGCCCUGAUGAACAGCGGCAUUUGCCUGCGGAGCAACGGACAUAUUUCCUCUGCAACCAGCACUUUCUUUUUCUGAUUUUUUAAAAUUAUUUUUUUUAAUGAAGUUGUAGUUUCUUUGCUUGGCGCAGACCAAACGCAGCCUACACAGGGAGUCCUUUGCAGCACCCAGGGGAAAGUGCAACCGAACUGGGGGAGGGAAAAAAAACACAGGGGUUUUAUUUUUGGCAUCUGUGAAGUGCAGCAGCAGCUAUGCAGCUCGAGAUCCAAGUGGCACUCAACUUCAUCAUCUCCUAUUUAUACAACAAGCUCCCGCGGCGGCGCGUCAACAUCUUUGGCGAGGAGCUGGAGAGGCAGCUGCGGCAGAAGUACGAGGGCCAUUGGUACCCCGAUAAGCCGUAUAAAGGGUCCGGCUUCAGGUGCAUCCAUGUGGGUGAGAAGGUGGACCCGGUGGUGGAGCAGGCGGCCAAAGAGAGUGGGCUGGAGAUUGAGGAUGUGCGCCACAACCUGCCUCAGGACCUGAGUGUGUGGAUUGACCCGUUCGAGGUGUCCUAUCAGAUCGGCGACAAGGGGCCCGUCAAGGUGCUGUACGUGGACGACAGCGGAGAGAAUGGUUCGGAGCUGGACCGGGAGAUCAAGAGCAGCUUCAACCCGGAGGCGCAGGUUUUCAUGCCCAUCGGGGAGCCGGCAGGCGCGGGGCCAUCCCCAGGCUCCAGCUCCCCGUCACCCCCCUUUGGCCGCUCAGCCGCCGUCAGCCCCUCCUUCAUGCCGCGCUCGGCGCAGCCGCUGACCUUCACCACUGCCUCGUUUGCCGCCACCAAAUUCGGCUCCACCAAGAUGAAGAGCAGUGGGCGUGGGGGCAAGGUGGCCCGUGCCUCCCCCACCAAUCUGGGCCUGGCACCUGGCGGUCUGCUCAAGCAAAAGCCCCCGUCCUCCUCCUCCUCCUCCAUGCACUCGCUGUACGGGCUGAGCCCCGCAGGGCAGCAGCCGCCACCCCCGCAGAAGGGCUCUGCCCUCUCCCCCAAUGCCAAGGAAUUUGUGUUCCCCAGUGUCCAGGGCCAGGGCAGCCCCAGCGGGGCGUUCCCCGGGGACGGCCCCCUCAGCCUCAGCCCACUGCAGUACGGCAACGCCUUUGACGUGUUCGCAGCCUAUGGCGGCCUCAACGACAAGUCCCUCAUGGACGGCCUGAGCUUCAGCCUCAGCAACAUGCAGUAUUCCAACCAGCAGUUCCAGCCAGUCAUGGCGAACUAG